AUGUCCGAAAAUUUAAAAACUAUUCUGCGCAUUUGUUCACGUGCAUCUGAUCAAUCUGAAUAUUAUGAUUUAGGUGAUUUUCAGUUACUCAUUGGUGCUGGUGACAUAAAUGAAUCACGUGUUAUAGAUUCUGCUUUUGCAUUAAUUAAUGAAAAUAAACAAGAAACAAUUAGAGCAUUAUCAGAACAUAAGGACGCUUUGUUUUUAUAUAAACAACUUGUUAAUCAAAUUAUAGUUCUUAAACCAGUUACAAGAAACUUGACUAAUGCUGAAGAAGGUCGUAGUCGUGCAACUGACAGAGGGGUAGAUUUUCCAAGUGUGGAAUUACAAUACUGCUGUAGAUCAAAAACAGGAGCACUCUUGCUUCAUUGGUCGUCAUAUACAGCUAAUUUUCUUCUUGUCUGGAUGAACAUCGACUUGGGAACAAAUUCAUUAUCACAAUACUUAUGGCAUAUCGAAACACAAAACGUUAAAAGAUUUUUAUCAGAAGGUCGACCUCUUGAAGUCAAAAGGCUUUAUCAAGCUUUAGAUCUUAUUGCAAUUAAUGCACUAUAUAGCUAG